UUCCAUGAGGAGUUGGCAAGAGAGCAUAAACAGACUGGUACCCAGGCUAUAGAGCAGGUGACCUGAAGUUAAUUCCUGCUAAUUUUCUCUCAUCUCAAUACUGUAGUAGUAAAUAACAUUUUCACCAUGUCUCCUGCACUCUUCAACUCUCUGUUUAUUCUGGUGAUGUUCCUCCCUCAUGGGCUCUCUCAGCUGGUGAGAACACAGCAGGUUGUCACAGCAACCCUGGGAGAAGAUGCUGUAUUAACCUGUGAGCUCAUGAAACCCAAAGACGUGCGUCAAGUCACCUGGCAGAAAGAGACAACUGGGGCGAAUGAGAAUGUGGCCACUUACAGCAAACGAGGUCCCGAUGUCAACGUACGUUUUAAGGGGAAAGUGGAGUUUGAAGACGAGGGACUGCAGAACUGCUCUAUCAUCAUCAGAGGAGUGUCAAGAGGAGACGAGUCCUGCUACAAGUGUCUGUUUAACACCUUUCCAGAUGGAGCUAUCAACGGAACGACCUGCCUCCAAGUAAAUGAGCUGUAUGGACCCUCACUCCUCAUCACACAAACCAACAACAGUCACAUCACUCUGUCCUGUUCUGCUACUGGACGACCUGUUCCUAUAGUAACCUGGGAUGACAUGAUAAUAGAACAUUCAACCAUUGUUGAUGUCACCCAUCCCAAUGGAACUGUCACUGUGACAACUACUGUAACAGUGGUAGUGUCCAGUCUAACUGACAAAGAAGUUAGGUGUGUUGCUUCUAUGUCCUUCAGUGAUGUCACCAAGAAUGCUUCCAUGGUGAUUCCAGCUUCAAUUACUGGCCAAUCUCAGGUCUCUGAUGAUGACAGGAUCAGUGGUGCAGUGAUUGGUGCAGUGAUGGGUUCAGUGAUGGGUUCAAUGUGUCUCAUUGCUGUAUUCUGUGUAAUAUGGCAAAAGAGGAGAAAAGACACCUCAUCCAGAAAACCCCCAGUUCCUGACCCUGAAAUCAGCAGAACUCCCUUAAAGACACCACCUACAUCCAAACAUGUCACACCAUCCUCCAGUCCAUCACAAAUGUCAUACUCGUCAACCAGCUCACCAAACAGCUCAACAACCAAGCGUAGGAUGACUAACUCCAGUCCGUCACAAAUCUCGUCUGAGAAACACAGGAUACAACCAGCUCAGAAGGCUGUAAAGAAGAACCUUUCUUUUCAAUGACUCUGAGUGACUGUACACACAUUACCACACACUCCUGAUCAUUCUUGACUAAUCUGGUUCAUGUUUUUAUCUCUAAAAGUCUGUGACAAUCAUCCGUUAAAAAAAACUUUUAAAGAUGUUGAAUUUGAGCCUGUUAUAACAGUUAUCUGUUGCCUGGUUUGGCUCAGGUCAUGAUACUCUUGGCCUAG